GAGGGCGGGGCCAGGGUGAGGGUCGCCGUGGCCCUGGGCUGACGGAGGCUGCCGGGCGCCUGGCAGGGGACUCGUGCAGCCGCCCCCGCCUGUCCCCCGGCCGGCCCCUCGGGGCUCUGCCUCAGGCUCUGGCUGCCCUGCGUGGCCCCGGCCCCUGCUUGGACGGCUCUGACCACAGCUGUGCGGCCCCGGCCCUGAGCCCCCCGCCCGAACUCCCUGCUGCUGGUGACUCAUGGAGGACGCGUCCAACUUGGCGGCCUGCAGGCCUGCUCGCUUCCUCCCGGGGCCCAGGAGGCCGCUCCAGCCAGGCUGGCUGCUCUCUCCAUGCUGCCUCCCUUCCUCCCAGGCCUGUUUUGUUCCAUUCCCUCUGUGUCGGCGGCUCUGGAGGGUGGAGGCGGCAGGCACGGCCCCUCAGACCAGCCUCAGCCUCAAGCCCUUGGAAGCCCCUGAAGUGGACGAGGACGAGGGUUUCAGCGACUGGUCCCAGAGGCCAGAGCAACGGCACCAUGGGGCUGGGGAGACCUCGGACGGAGGGGAGCCCCCUCAGGGGCAGCAGGAGGACAGGGCCUCCCCGCUCGCCUGUGGGGGCCAGGAUGGCAGUGAGCAGGGCCCAGCUGGAGUGUGCCUGGAGGAGCUGCAUUUGGGUCCCGGCUCAGAGCCCGAGGAGGGGCAGGGGACAGGAGGGCCGGAGCCUGAGGGCCCAGAGGGGGCUGUGCAGGGCAGUGCGGUGUCGGCAGAGGCUGAGGAGGCAGACGAACAGCCCCAGGACGGUCAGCAGCCCAGGAUGCCCAGCCCUCUGGUCUUAGAGGGCACUGCCGGAGAGGGCUCGCCUCCCCUGAGCCCCAGCACCACGCUCGUCGAUAGAACCGAGUCCCUGAACCGCUCCGUCAAGAAGAGCAACAGCGUGAAGAAGUCCCAGCCCACCCUGCCCAUCUCCAAGAUCGACGAGCGGCUGGAGCAGUACACCCAGGCCAUUGAGACUGCCGGCCGGACCCCCAGGCUAGUCCGCCAGCCCUCGGUCGAGCUGCCCAGCAUGGCUGUGGCGAGCACCAAGAGCCGCUGGGAGACGGGAGAGGUGCAGGCUCAGUCUGCUGCCAAGGGCCCCUCCUGCAAGGAUAUUGUAGCUGGGGACAUGAGCAAGAAAAGCCUCUGGGAGCAGAAAGGAAGCCCCAAGAUUUCGUCAACAGUCAAGAGCACCCCCUCUGGGAAGAGGUACAAGUUUGUGGCCACUGGGCACGGGAAGUACGAGAAGGUGCCUGUGGACGAUGGCUCGGCUCCCUAGGCCGCACCUCUUGCUCUCCCGAGGCUGCAGGCAUGCAGGCUGGUGACCCCCCCACGCGCCCCACCCACACUCCCAGGGGAGAGUCCGCCCACCAGAUGCCCUGGCCCUGCCACCCGGCCCACCUGGCCGUCCUCCACCGCUCGCCACCACCACCGUGUCCUUGCUCCUGGACCCUCUUCCCGCGUCCUGCUCUCUGAUCCCUGCCCUGCCAGGAAAGGGACUCUUGCUGACAGUGGCUGAAGGGACCACUCCCAGAGCGGCCAAGAGCUCCCAAGGAAGGCAGACACAGGGCACCUGCGGGGUCCCCCAGGUCAAGAGCCAUGGACGCCUGCCCUGGACGCCCAGCCCUGCACUCCCCCUGCUCACGCUUGCCGCCCCUCUGUUCUGUGCAAUAAAGCUCCCUAUGUGGCCCCGUG